ACUACUUUUUAUUAAUAAUGGCUCGUACUAAACAAACCGCUCGUAAAUCAACCGGUGGUAAGGCACCACGUAAACAGCUAGCCACGAAGGCCGCCCGUAAGAGCGCACCGGCAACCGGAGGAGUGAAGAAGCCUCAUCGUUACAGACCCGGUACUGUGGCACUUCGUGAGAUCCGUCGCUACCAGAAGAGCACGGAACUUCUCAUCCGCAAGCUACCCUUCCAACGUCUAGUACGUGAGAUAGCUCAAGAUUUCAAGACCGAUCUGCGUUUCCAGAGCUCUGCGGUGAUGGCUCUGCAGGAGGCUAGCGAGGCGUAUCUCGUAGGUCUCUUCGAAGACACGAACCUUUGCGCUAUUCACGCUAAACGCGUCACUAUUAUGCCUAAGGACAUCCAGCUAGCAAGAAGGAUUCGCGGCGAACGUGCCUAAACGUAGAAGUGUCAAUGGUGUUGUUUUUUUA